CCCCUCCCCCUCCCCCCCCCAAGGACUCUUCAACCGCUCCCUCCCUCACGCCCUCGUCCCUCUCUCUCGCCUCCACCCUCCCCCACCCCGCCCUCUCCAUCGUCCCGCUUAUUCGCUUUUCGCACAAUCGAACACUUCCCGCAAGAUGGCAACAGACACACACCUCCCCCUAAACCACUUGCCCACAGAGGACUCGCUCAAGACUGCAAAAGAGCUGUUUGCGGGGACUGUUGCGGGGUGGACGCAGGUGUUGACUGGUCAGCCCUUCGACACGGUCAAAGUGCGGUUACAGACGCAGCCGCGCGAGAACCCAACCUACACCGGGAUGGGCGACUGCGUGCGUCAAACCCUCAAAAACGAGGGCUUCACCGGCUUCUAUAAAGGCACCCUAACCCCCCUCCUCGGGGUCGGCGCUUGCGUCGCCAUCCAAUUCGGCGCCCUCGAGUACGCCAAACGCUCCUUCACACUCUACAACUCCUCCCACUCCUCCCACCCCUCGCACCUCUCCUUCCCGCAACUCUUCCUCUCCGGCGCCUUCUCCGGCCUCGCAAACUCCAUCCUCUCCGGCCCCAUCGAACACAUCCGCACCCGUCUCCAAGUCCAAUCCAAGAACCCCACCCCCGGGACCGUCAUGUACACCGGCCCGUGGGACGUCACCCGCAAGAUCUACACCACCCACGGCCUGCGCGGCCUCUACAAAGCCCAGCACGUCACCCUCAUCCGCGAGUUCGUCGGCUACGGCGCCUACUUUGCCACCUACGAGUACCUCAUGCAGCGGGAGAUGAUAAACCACAACAAGAAGCGCAGCGAGGUCGAGAUGUGGAAGCAGUGCGCGUAUGGCGCCGGGAGCGGGUACGCGCUCUGGUUGAGUGUGUACCCCGUGGAUGUCGUCAAGAGUAUGUUGCAGGUGGAUGGGUUUGGCAAGGAGGCGAAGUGGAGGGGCAUGUGGGAUUGUGCGAGGCGGACGAUCGCGCAGGAGGGCGUUAGGGGGUUGUAUCGAGGAUUCGGACCGUGCAUGCUCCGAGCGGCCCCUGUGAACGCCGCGACGUUCGUGGCGUAUGAGGCGACGAUGAAUCUUCUUGGGCGGUGAAACGUUCGGUCCCCCAAGGCCACCCACCACAGAUUGCUGAGCGGUGUAUUUAUGACCUUGUUCUGGGAUAUGAUAACUUAUCCGAUGGUGUGCGAAUAGACACAAUACGAGUGGUAUGUGAUAUAUAUAUAUAUAUAGAGGAUGGCACAAAAAGAAA